UGUGAAUGGGUGUUGGGGGAGGACAGGAGUUCCUUGUAGUCUCAGGGAGAAUUGCAGGGAAGUUGCUUCGUCCGUGCUGCGGGGCAGAAGCUGUUACAUGUGCAGGAGGGGGGCAACAGGAACAGCUGACCGUUAUGUUGGAUCUGGCUCCAUCCCUGCUUGCCUUGCUCAGCCUAUCUUUAUCGGUCUUCGCGUUUCCCAGUUUUCUCCGGCCCGAUGUCACUUUCAACCACAUGGCGUAUGACCCUGGAUCGGGCUCCAUCUACAUUGGGGCUGUUGAUUGGAUCUUCCAGGUGUCAAGUGACCUUGAGCUACUGGCCGAAGAUUCUACUGGCCCAGAGUUUGACAGCCCAGAGUGUCUUCCCUUCAAAGACCGUAAGGACUGCCCCCAGGCUACUCUCACCCAUAACUCCAACAAGCUGCUGACUGUCAACCUUCAGGGCAAAGAACUGUUGACCUGUGGUCACGUGUUUCAGGGCAUCUGCGAAAAGAGGGAUCUAGCAAACAUCUCUAAAAUCAUUUACCGUACAAUUGACCCCGGCGACAACCAGUUUGUAGCUGCCAAUAAUCCCAAGGUCACCACUGUGGGAAUAGUUGAGAGGACGUCAUUGGGUCAUGAUUACCUGUUUGUCGGCCGGGGGUUGACAGCCAGGUUGUCCAGCGGAAUACCGCCAAUUACUAUACGGCAAGUGGAGAAGCCAUCUGUGUUCUCCAACGAAGGUUUGGGUAAACUCGUGGUGGGAGACUUUUCGGAUUACAACAAUACAUUUGUGGGGGUGUUCUCCAGCGCGGGCCAUGUCUACUUCUUGUUUUACCGCCGUGGGUCAAAAUCGCAAAUGGAUUACAAAACGUAUCUCGGAAGUGUGUGCAGCGAGGACCUGCAUCUCUACUCCUAUGUGGAGGUACCGCUCUUGUGUGAGGGAGGCUACAAUUUGGCACAGGCUGCCCACCUGGAGAUUAAGAACCGGGAACUCUUUGUGAUAUUUGCAGCCAGCCAAGGCUCAAGUCCAGCUCCAAGCAGCCGGACAGCUCUCUGUUCCUAUAAGAUGGCAGACAUAGAAGAAAGGAUAGAGACAGCACGAGUCCUGUGUUACACUGAGAAUGGCAGGGGCGCAAGCGGACAGGAGGCUGGGAUAGAGUAUGGAGUAAAUUCCAAAUGUGCUGCUCUGCCCAAGGAGUCCCCUCAGAACUUUCCAUGUGGAGGAGACCACACGCCCAGCCCGAUUGCCAGUAGUGUCCCAGUCACUGCUACGCCUCUUCUCAGAAAUGACUCCAGUCUGACCGCUGUAGCCGCGUUAGUUGAAGAUUCUCAUACAGUCGUUUUCCUUGGAGAUGGUGGAGGACAUGUUCAUAAGGUAUUUGUAUCUCAGGGUGAAGGACACGUCUACAACUCACUGACCGUGGUACCAGGCUCCCCUGUCAGCCCUGACCUAGUCUUGGAUAGCUCGGGGCGGCACCUGUACGUUAUGACAGAGUCACAGGUCACCAGGCUCCCGGUUGCUGAAUGCUCCCACUUUCCUUCAUGUGACUUGUGCCUUGGAGCCGGGGACCCUUUCUGCGGGUGGUGUGUACUGCAGGGAAGGUGCACAGAGCAGGAAGAGUGUUCUGACAGUGACCAGGCGAACCACUGGCUGUGGAGUUUUAGUGAUCAGAAUCAAUGUGUGUCCAUCCAGGGCCUUUCCCCAGCUAAUCAGAGCCGACACGAGCAGACAGAGGUCUCCAUGACUGUGCUACAGUUCCCUGCUGUGGCCAAAAAGGAUGGCUGGAUAUGUUUGUUCAAUGACUUGUCCAGUUCAGCACAGAUUUAUGGAAACCAGGUCCGAUGCAGCUCUCCUCUACCAGAACACCUGCCCCCUAAUGAUGUUGGCAAAGAUCAUAUGACUGUACGGUUAGCGCUGGUAUUCCAGGAGGUCACUGUGGCGGCCACAGACUUCGUCUUCUAUGACUGCGGAGCUGUAAUGGACCUGGCUGUCACUAACCCGUGCAGCGAAUGUGUGAGCAGCCCCUGGAGCUGCUACUGGUGUCUGUCGGAUCGUCUCUGCACUCACACUCCCCACUGCGGCAGCGGGCAGACCAUCAUCUACAGCAUAAAUGAUGAGCCAAAGGAUCUAUGGGGUCCACAUUCUUGCCCAAGGUUGGAGAGUGUUGAGGGAUCACAUCUGAUCCCUGUUGGCAUAGAAAGAGAACUGGAUCUAACUGCACGCAACCUUCAGCUCCUCAAUGGAGAAGCUUUAGAAUACAGCUGCAUAAUAGAGGUGGACGGGGUGCCAAUCACCCUGCGGGCACAGAUCGAGAAGAUGGCAGAUGAUGACGACCUUUAUAAAGUACACUGUCAGACUCACAAGUACGAGUACCCUCUGCAUGUCCUGGAGAACCCAGUUACUGUGUAUGUGAAGAAAGGGGAUGCGUACCGUGUAGACAAUAAUGGCAUCAUACAGGUGACCCUGUAUGACUGCUCUGUGGGCCAGUCGGACUGCAGCCGCUGCCAGGCUUUGGCCCCCAAGUACCAGUGCUUAUGGUGUGGAGAGGAAGAUGAGGCAUCGUGCUUACACCAGGAUCAGUGCGAGAGAAGCUCCAUCGGUGUCUGUCCCACCCCAUUCAUCCACUCCAUUUCUCCUCUGACGGGUGUUGUGGAAGGAGGGACAACCAUUACUAUAAGUGGCGCCAACAUGGGCCAGAGAGCAGAUGAAGUGUCAGUCACUGUGUGUGAUCAGCCCUGCACCCUUCUGCCAGAUCGGUAUAUUGUUUCCAACAGUAUCGUCUGCAGGCUGUCUGCCAGCCAGGGAGAGGUGUCUGGCCCUGUGAAAGUCGCUGUAAAGGACCGUGAGCCUGGAGUUUCCAGUCAGCUUUUCUCUUACCAGGACCCCAUUCUUCAGUCCCUUACACCACUGAGAGGUCCCAUGGCUGGAGGGACGCAAAUCACCAUCUCCGGGUCCAAGCUUUUGACUGGCGAUCAGAUUACUGUGACAGUGGGGAACUUACCUUGUGAGAUAUUUAGAAACGUCACUGAAGAUCAGAUCUAUUGCGUUACCAGCCCCAGUGAUCUUCAGCUGGAGAUGUCCAUCAGCGUCCUCUACGGCACGGCAGAAAGAGUCCUGGAUGAUGCAUUGUUCAACUACACGGAAAACCCGAUCAUCUCUUCUGCUUUCCCCUUGACAGCCUUCUAUAAGGGAGGGCGGAUUAUUAUGGUCACUGGUUCAAAUCUGGAUGUUGUACAGACUCCACGUAUGAGCGCCCUGGCCGUGCCCCCUCAGGAGGAUCUUCAAAGCAAAGAUGAGAAUAUCAGAAGAAAAAGGAGAAGAAGAAGGAGGAAGAGGGAGGUGGCACCUAAUCCUGUGCAAGAGUUCAGUGAGGAGUGCAGUCACGACUCCCCCACAGUUAUAAAGUGUUAUGCGCCCUUGGUCCCUGACGAUUACGUCCUUGUGGAUGUACUCUUUGUCCUCGACAAUCUCCAGAUUCCGUUCAGUAGCUUUGGAAAGAACUUCACAUACCAGAAGAACCCGUCCCUCAAACCCCUGAAUCGGGAAAAUCCCAACAAACCAUACAGCCUGAAGCCUGGGAACGUGCUGGAUAUAGAGGGGGAGGGCUUGGAUUCUGGGAUCAGUAAACAAGAAGUCGAAGCAAUGAUUGGAAAUGGUAUCUGUGCCGUGAAGACUCUCACCCACAAUCACCUGUACUGUGAGCCACCGCUUGUCCCACCACAACCGCGGGACGCGAGCUCUUCCUUGCCAGAGUUUGUGGUGCACAUGGGAAAUCUUCGCUUCGACCUCGGACAAGUGAAAUAUGAUGUAGAGGGACAAUCAAGUUUUCCUAAAGAAGCCAAAAUUGGGCUAGGUGUUGGAGCUGCUCUGCUCAUCCCUGUCGUUCUAAUAAUUAUCUUCAUGUACAGGAGACAGAGUAAACUGGCCAUGAGGGAUUAUAAGAAGGUCCUUGUGCAACUGGAGAACCUGGAGACCAGUGUGGGAGAUCAGUGUAGAAAGGAAUUUACUGAUCUAAUGACGGAGAUGAUGGAUCUGACUAGUGAUAUUGAAGGCUCAGGCAUCCCCUUCCUAGACUAUAAGACCUAUGUGGAAAAGAUAUUCUUCCCUGGAGACACCAGCUCUCCGAUCAGGAAGAGCCUGGAUGUGCUGGAUAACAGAAGAAGCACCGUGGAGCAAGGCCUGAACCAGCUCUCCAACCUCCUUAAUAACAAGCUUUUCCUCAUCAAGCUGAUCGAAACACUGGAUGCACAGCCCACAUUAUCACAACGUGACCGCUGCAAUGCUGCCUCCUUGCUCACCGUCGCUCUUCUUGGUAAACUGGAGUAUCUGACGGAUGUUAUGAAGACGCUGCUGUCCAACCUUGUAGACCAAUGUGUGGCCAAGAACCCGAAGCUGUUGCUUCGCAGGACCGAAACUGUGGUGGAGAAACUGCUGACCAAUUGGAUGUCCAUCUGCCUUCACUCUUUCCUCCGGGAGGCGGCAGCAGAGCCUCUGUACAUGUUGUACUGUGCCAUAAAGUAUCAGGUGGACAAAGGGCCGGUGGACGCGGUGACGGGGAAAGCCAAGCGCACUCUGAAUGAUGGACGGCUGCUGCGGGAGGACAUUGAGUAUCGGCAGAUGACUCUCACCGUCAUAGUGAAGAACGGAGCAGAAGUGCAGCGUGUGCCGGUGAAAGUGCUCGACACAGACACCAUCACUCAGGUUAAAGGGAAGAUCUUGAAUCAUGUGUACAAGGGAACCCCAUUCUCCCAGCGGCCACCUGCGCACACACUUGACCUAGAAUGGCGCUCUGGGCAAGCGGGCCACCUGACUCUAUCGGAUGAGGACUUGACUUCGUUAGUACAGGAUCAGUGGAAGAGAUUGAACACUUUGCACCAUUAUAAGGUUCCCAAUGACGCGACUGUGGCCUUGAUACCCCGGCUACAUAAUAAUCAGUGUGAGACAACAAAUAACAGUUUCCUGAGCGGAGAGAAAACUCCAAUGUUGGAAGAUGGGGAAGAUGGUGGCAUUAGAACGUGGCACUUAGUAAAAUCUGUGGAAGAACCAGAAGUCUGUAAGCAGCGACGCAGCAGCUUGCGGGAGAGAGAGCGCGCCAAAGCUAUUCCAGAGAUCUACCUAACACGGCUGCUGUCCAUGAAGGGAACUCUGCAGAAGUUUGUGGAUGACACAUUCCAGGUGAUGUUGGGGGUAAACCGGCCCGUGCCCAUCGCCAUCAAAUAUUUCUUUGAUUUCCUGGAUGAAAUGGCAGAGAAACACGGGAUUGAGGAUGCAGAGACCGUGCACAUUUGGAAAACCCACAGCCUCAUGCAAAGGUUCUGGGUGCUCAUACUCAAGAACCCUCAGAUGGUCUUCGAUAUUGAGGUGUCAGAGAAUGUAGACUCCAUCUUGUCGGUCAUCGCUCAGACCUUUAUUGACUCGUGUACCACCUCUGAGCACAAAGUGGGGAGAGAUUCACCCGUCAACAAAUUGCUUUAUGCUCGCGAAAUCCCACGUUACAAGCAACUGGUAGAGAAGUACUAUACUGACAUCAGACAGACCGCCCCGGCCAGUUACCAGGAAAUGAACUCCUCUCUCACAGAGCUGUCUGGGAUUCAUGCAGCUGACCUGAACUCCUUGGUGGCCCUGCAGGAACUGUACAAUUAUAUCAACAAGUACUAUGACCAGAUCAGCACCGCUCUGGAGGAGGAUCCCAGUGGGCAGAAAAUGCAGCUGGCUUACCGCCUGCAGCAGAUCUCCGCCCUGGUGGAGAAUAAAGUAACAGAUCUAUAAUAACACUGCUGGCUGCAGCGUUGCAGCUUUCUACCGUCUUCCGUAAUAAAGACUGUGGGGACUCAACCACUAUCUGCCAGUAGAGUUUCAGUGUGCGGUCCCAUUUAACAGUCCGCCAGCUCAGAAGAUGAACAAUGUGGGAGCUCUCCAUUUUUGGCUUAAACCCACUUGCAGACUCUAGUUUCUGAGCCAAUAAUAUUUGCCCCAUUAGCGGUUUUAGUUGUUGACCAAUUAUAAGAGUAAUGCUGAGUUCCACCACUAUGCUCUGCCUUACCCAGAGUCCUUUGCUCUUAUAUGGUCAUCCCAGCAGUGCACUGCCUACCUCAGUGAAACUGUGUAAGUGCCUUAGUUUAACACACAUCCUGGUUCUUCAUGGUGCCUGGAGUUCCUCAGUAUGGCCUUCCUAAUUCUAAUUUCACUGUAACACGACGGAAUACAGCAUUAGCCCUUUCCCCAGCCAGCUGUAUAAUAAGGAAAGCGUCCAAGAAAUAUAUGUGUGUGCUUUUGUGUCCUACGUGCUUGUGUGUGAGCUUCCUACGGUAACUAGCUCUGGUGUUUUGUGUGGAGAAAGGUAUAGGGCACUAGUGGCAGAGCACUAUUUACUUUUAGUAGGUUAUAUUGGCUAUAUUUUCUAGCCUGCCUCUGGGACACCAGGCUGUUACCAUCGUGGAAAGUCUUCGGCGGAUGUCUCUCCGUAUAUAUGUCGGUAUGUCUUCAGAGAGCCUUGUUGUCCGUUUGUCUCCAGAGAGCCUUGUAUAGCUUUUUUUUUCUAACUUAUGCAAAAGCUGUAAAUAGAUAUAACUAUAUUUAUUGUCCUUUUUAUGCAUUGUUUUUCAAAUAAAAUGAUUUUUUUAAAAA